AUGAUUUAUGUUACGAAAUUCUGUCGGAGUCGAUGUGUUUCUUUUCCUGUGGAUAAGGUUCUUGGUUCUUGUGAGCUUUUCGAGGAGAGGCAAGUAGAAAAUGAGCGAUUUAAUAUAUUUAGUGGAUGCUCAUCUGGUUGCACUGCUACUAGAAUUCUGCGUGGUGGAGUUGAUGGAUGGUGUCGUAGAUUGAAGUACCUACUGCACACGGUGGAGCUUCAUUCUUCCAACUUAAACAAAAUUACCAACCGUGCAAGUGUGAAAUGUGAAGGAGUGCUGGAGACAUUUGCUACAUUAAGCAUUCUUAUUCCAGUUGAGAGAUGGAGGAACGCCGGAGUUCGAAUGAUAGAUGUAGGAGUACCAAGGGUUUUCUGA